AUGUUUCCCAGCAUCACCACCGUCGCCACCGUCUGCACCGUCACCGUCACCGAUCUCCGUCGAUCACCACCGUCUUCAUCCUUCCUUCCCAACACAUCACCACCGUUGUCAUGCUUCGAUCCCAACACGUCAUCACCGCCACCAAUAAUUCAUUCCGGCGAUUCCUCACAGCUCACUUUCAUCUACGAAAUCAUAGCAUGGUUUCAAGCAUGGGAGUCGGCGGAUCCUAAGAACAAGACAAACUCGGAUACUCCUGUUCUCAUUGAAUUUCAGAAAGAGAAAGAACUUCCCGAGGAAAGGACUGGUUGCCCAGCUAGUAUUUUGUUGAAGUAUGAUUCCAAUGUUAAAGGUUAUCACAUAUACAAAUGGAACGUUCCUCAUAACCACCCUCUCCAUAAACCUGAGCAUUCGCAUUACUUGAGAUCGGCUCGAGAGAUUAGUGAGCCUCAAAAACAACUUGUAAUAAUAAAUUCGAAAUCAGGCAUGUCUGUAAGAUCCUCCUUUCAAGUUAUGCGUCAAAUAGCUGGUGGUUCAAAGAACCUUGGGUAUUGCUUCCAAAAUUUAAAGAACUUUCUCACCACUAUUCGACAAAAGAAAAUGGUCAUUGGUGAUGCAACUAUUAUUCAAGAAUAUCUUAGAAAUGAAGCUUUGAGGAACCCAUCGUUCUAUUAUGAUAUCCAAGUUGAUUCUGAAGAGAACAUAGCUAGCAUUUUCUGGCCAGAUGCAAUCAUGCAGCAAGACUAUGAAUUAUUUGGUGAUCUCAUCAGUUUCGACACAACUUAUCGAACAAACACGGAGUAUCGUCCAUUAGCUCCAUUCCUUGGAUUUGACAAACACCGUAAGAGUGUAUUAUUUGGUUGUGCCCUGCUCUACGAUGAGACUUCAGCAAGUUUUGAUUGGUUGUUUACCACUUUCCUGAAGUGCAUGAAAAAUAAGAAACUCAUUACAAUUUAUACAGACCAAGCUUGUACUUUGAUGAAGUCAAUUCCAAACAUUUUUUCCGAUGUCUUCCAUGGGUUGUGUUCAUGGCACAUGGGGGAGAAUGCAAAGUCCAACCUAGGCUCUCGUUGCAAUGGUGCAUUUCUUGACGAACUACAUCACCUGGUUUCGAAUGUUGAUGAUGAGGCAGAGUUUGACUUCAACUGGAAUAAGAUGCUUCAAAAUUGUUUUGGAGGCAAAGCUACUUCUGAAUUUACUUGGCUUGUCAAGAUUCAUCGUAAUCGUACUCAAUGGUCUUCUGCUUGGGUGAAAUCACACUUCACUUCCGGUUUGAAGACAACACAGUUAAGUGAGUCGUUCAAUGCCUUUCUUCGUCACUUUCUUCAACUAGACCAUUCACUUGUGCAAUUCUUUAUCCAUUCCAAUGUUAUGGUUGAGAAAAUGCGAGAUAAUCAUGCUGAUUGUGAUUUCAAGGCUGCCAAUACUAGGCCAAUAAACAAUUAUCCCAACAGCCAACUCAUGAGGUAUGUUAUUGUCAUACCCCAAAAUUUACCCAAUGUGAUCCCCGUUUCAAUUUAUUAA